AUGUCGUCGCGUGUCACGAUAAAAGUACAGCACAAGAAGAAAUAUUUUUAUGAGAGGUUGAAAAACAAUUAGUUUAAAAACCCCUUCUUUUUCAGAUUUUUAUCAGCAUUCAAAGAUACGAUCGAAGACCGCAAGCAGAAUUAUGUGCUCUACAAAGCGCUCCAUAAUCUUAAGAACUCGCCUUUCGAUGUCCAAAGCAUCGUCGAUUUGAAAGCGAUUGAAGGUUUUACCUCUGAAACAUCGAGGUUCAGCGACAGCGUUUUUGUUACUUUUUGUUCCAACUUACCCAAACGCUUUCUGAAAUUUUGUGUGAAGGCUUUUCACACAGGAUUUUCAUAAAGAAACACACUUGUCAAUUUUUUUCGAGUUGCUAAUAAAGUUUAGUUUGUCAAACUAAACUUUAUUAGCAACUCGAAAAUCAUUUCCAGGAAUAGGUGAAAAUAUUGCUGUAAAAUGCGAAGAAGCCUGGUUACUGGCCUGCGAGCAAAAUGGUCGAGAAUUCACUCUAGCUGAGGUCAAAAAACUGAAUUUUGGUGAGUUGUCUCCAGUUGCUUUCUCACAACGCACAGUUUUUGGAUAAACUAUUGGAAGAUCUUCUGAAACCGAGAAAGAAGAAAAGGAAACACGAAUCAGUGCUUCCUGGAGCGACCAGAAGCCUCCCGGACGAUGACGAAUUUGUCGAAGAAGUUCGUUCGAAUUCCGUUUCGGAGUAUAAUCCGAUUGCAGGACGAAAAAGAACUGCCCGCGAAAAAAGUCGCUCCAUCUCUGAAGAAUCCUGUUUCGGAGUCGACCUUUCGCCCGAAGGCGUUGGAACCGACCAGUUCAAGCGUCCUGCCACAAUCCCAAGAUUCUUCUCAGGAAGGAUUUUGUCAUAUCACUUGUCAUCCAUAUGAACAGCCACAGGUGAGCAUUUCAUACGGAAGUCGUCACAUCCAAGGAACACAGGUUGUUUUGAUUGCGGACAGUCGCGAACACCGCAACAGCAACCGCAAGAAGUCCGUUGUGGAGCAUCUCGUGACGAACAAUGCGCACAUUCGAGUGAGAAAACUAUAACAUAUUUUUAUCGGUUUUCGAAGUGAUAAGAGAGCUCAGAAUGAUAAUGGAUCUAACUAAAAGAAGCUGGCAAUUUAAUAAAAAUACAAAGUAUGUCGAGUUUCCUAUCUGAGAGUUUUUGCCAAUACCUAAUAUAGCUGCUGGCGUUGUUUGAAUCAAACAGUUCGGGAUUUUCGAACCGCAGAAGUUUUUUCAAUGGGUCUAUUGGGAUAAGUGGUUGUUUUUUUUUAGCUACCAGGUGUUAUCUCUGUGGUACUAUCGAUAUCAAUAAAACCGAGACAAAUUUUCAAAAAUUCUUCAAGACAAGGUCGAGACACGCAAAAAUGUCUGCAAACAAAGCUCAAAAAUGAAAAAGGAUUUGGUCUAGCGAAAACUUUUGAAACUCGCUCUCAGCCUCGAUACCUUGCUUAUUUUUAGUUUUUUUUUUUCUUUUUUCCAAACCUCUCAGCGAAGAUUUCUGAAAAGUUAUACCAAGAACUUAUAACCGUCGGCAACAAAAAAUAAAAAAUCCAGAUAAUUGGAACACUUCGCGAAUCAGUAAAACCAUGUUACGUAAAUGAUAAACGACCUCAGGUGGACAUGCGCGCUCUCUCCGUCGGCGACUAUUUGUGGGUGACCAAGAAGGUCGACGGCUCCGAACUCGUCAUGGACUGGGUCGUCGAGCGCAAGACCUGGCAAGACCUUCACAGCAGCAUUCGCAAGGUUUCAGAUGCGUUUUGUAGAAGCUUAAAAAAUGGUAGAAAAAGGGAGAGGCAGCACAAAUGGUGCGUAAUAGUCGGUGAAAUGGCGCAAAAAGUCAGCAAAAAGGAGCCGUUGUCACCAUAAAAGGAACAUUUCUAUGAAGCCAACCUUUUUGACUUUGCCUGUGUACUACCCAUAGGAAACAGCUGUGAAAAGUUUGACGAUAAUUGGAAAAUUCCUGAAAAAGUUAUGACGAAAAAAAAUGAAAUUGUAUAUCUUACUGCACGGUACUCUAGGUAUUCGCUACAUAGCCUUUUCGAGGCCUCGGUUUGUCAGUGACAUUUCAAAAAAAUCAAAGAUUUGAGUUUUCAAGUACUGCUUGAGGGUCGAUACGAUGAACAAAAAGAUCGUUUGGGCCGUGCGCCGAUGAAGAACCGCAUCUACUUGAUCGAAGGGAGCAGCCGCGGAGAAUCUCCUUCCGAACAAGCCCUAGCCUCCACGCUCACAAACGGCGGAUUUCUCAUUCAGAGAUGCGCGGACACCCGAGAAACGGCCGAAUUUCUGGGCUCUGUUUCUCUUUACCUUCAGAAGAAGGCGGAAACAAGCCAGGUGACCUUUUACAACCAUACAGAGCCGGUCUAUUUCUGGAUGCGAUGGAUAGACGAAAUUAUUUGAUUGGUUUAGCUUUCUGGCGUGUCGUUCGAGAACUUGCAAGAGGCGAGCAAAAAGGAGAAGGCAGAAACAGUGAAGGACGCUUGGGUACGCCAACUCAUGGUUAGAGCUUUUUCUUCCAUCUUUUUCGAAUCUCUUCGAAACAGGUGUGCCCUGGGAUGUCCUACUCGAGGGCGCAAGCCAUCGCUGACCAUUUUCCCUCCAUGAUCUCACUUUCGAAGUUCUUCGAAAAGUCGCGACAAGAUGCUCAGAUGGAACUGCAGAAGCUGGUUCCUCAAAUAACUCGUCCUGUCGCUAAGAACCUGUAUAAGUUUUUUUUAGACUAA